AACCCACCAACACCUCUUUCCUUCCCCAUUUCACCUUCCUUCCUCAACCAUUUAUUAUUAUUAGAUUCCUGCAAUGGUCUCUUUCCUUUUUCCAUUGAAUUGUACAGAAAUUCUCAGCUAAAACUUUAACACCCCAAUCUCAAUCCCUUAAUUACCUGUUCGUAUUCAAGACUGAUGUGUAUAUAUAUUUUUUAAUUUUUUUUAAAAAAAAUUUUAAUUUCAGUUUUCAGUGGUUUUUCUGGGACUUUAAGAUACAGACUCUUCCGGGUAUUGUUGGGUUUUGGUAUUUUUCUGCAUAAACUCUGUAUUGCAGAAAAAAGCCUUCAAACCCACUGUUCAUAUUUGCUGUAGAAAGGCUAAAGGAAAAAAUCAAACUCAUAUUCGCAUGUAAAAAUAUAUAAAUCUUCAUUUUCUUUGGAAAAAAUAGUUUUUUCUUUCUGAAGAGAGUAUUUCUUUCUCCCUUUUUUUUUCGUUAAAUUUAGGGGAAAAAAGUUCCUACAUAUGGGAAAGCAAGGACCUUGCUAUCACUGUGGUGUUACAAGCACUCCACUUUGGCGUAAUGGACCUCCAGAAAAGCCAGUUCUGUGCAAUGCAUGUGGCUCACGUUGGAGAACAAAAGGAACAUUGGCAAACUAUACUCCUUUGCAUGCUAGGAUUGAUCCGGAUGACUCUGAGAACUACAAGAUUUCAAGGGUCAAAAUCGUAUCCAAUAGAAACAAAGAAGAAAAGGUUAUGAAACGGAAGCAAAACCAUUUUUAUUCUCAAGUAGGAAUUCCUCCAGAUUACAAUCAGGGUUUACGCAAGGGUUUAGACGAGGAUACAAGCAACAGGUCAAGUUCUGGUUCUGCUGUCUCUAACUCGGAGAGCUGUGCUGAAUUUGGUGGUACUGAAGUAAGUGAUUUAACAGGUCCUACUCAACCUAAUGUGUGGGAUACAAUGGUGCCUUCGAGGAAGAGAACAUGUUUCACUCGCCCAAAGCCAUCUCCAGUUGAGAAGCUCACCAAAGAUCUAUAUACUAUCUUACACGAACAACAGUCUUUGUUCCUCUCUGGAUCUUCUGCCGAGGAUUUGCUUCUUGAGAGUGAUAAACCUAUGGUCUCUGUCGAGAUAGGUCAUGGAAGUAUGCUCAUUCGGCAUCCAUCCUCUAUAGGUCGAGAAGAAGAAUCUGAAGCCAGCUCUUUAUCAGUUGACAACAAGCAACUCACUGUAAACGAGGCAUAUUCCCCGUUGAGUACUCCUGUACAUAACUAUAAUAAAAAGGGUGCCAUCAAUUCACAAGAUGCGGGGGCCGAGAGAGUCAGGAAGCCUACUGGACUAGGAAUGGAACUAGAACUAGUGAAAAGGGAUAAGGAUCAAUUUGAAGAAUUUCAGAUUCUUGGGCAUCUUGAUUCACCUUUGCAUUAUAUAGACCUGAAAGACGCAAAGUAUAAAAGCAGCAGCAGUUGCUAUGAAGUUGCUGGAGGGCCCAGUGACGUUGGCUCGGUAAAUGUUAAAAGAUCACGAGAUGGGCAGGAUCAGAAGCCUUCAGGAGCAAAGGCGGUGAUGAAGAGUCCCAUAAGGGUGACGAUUAAAGGUGCCUAUGAACACAAGGAACUAGUAGAGACCGAUGGCAUUUGCUUCAGCCCAAAACAUCUUUUUGCAUUGCCUCCCGAUAAUAGUUCCCUUGUGCUGGACUCCUUCGGUUUUGCAACCGAGAGUUCUGAUCAGGACUUGCUGCUUGACGUGCCAUCCAACAGCUCCUUCCCUCAAGCGGAACUGCUAGCUGACAGCCAGUUUCGGUGCCCAAGCGACCGAAACUUCUGACCCGGCCCGGACUUGCUGCUGCACGAGCCAUCCUUCCCUCGGGCAGAACUACUAGCAGACAGCCGGUUUCAGUGCCCUAGCAACAACCGCUAGUAGAGUAGCCGUGUGCCCAAAUCUUGUACAUCCCUUGGAAAUACAGCUGAACAGAUCGAUCUGAAUUCAUCGUUAGAUCUAUCGAGAAGUAAAUCCCCCUUCAAAGCUCAAACUACACGAUUACACAGACAGUUAUUUUGCAAAAUAUGCAGAUAAUCUUCCAGUAAGGAUAUGGUGGUUUCCCUCUUGCC